AUGACAAGGCCUAUGGCUCAAAAGGUGUCUGAUCCAGGUAGUUUCACUAUCCCAUGCACCAUUGGGAGUUAUGCUUUUGCUAAAGAAUUGUGUGACUUGGGAGCCAGCAUAAACUUGAUGCCCUUGGCAAUCUAUACAAAAUUGGGCAUUAGCAGAGCUAGAGCGACCUCAAUGUUGCUGCAACUGGCUGAUCGCACAGUCAAACAACCGAUAGGAAUUCUUGAUGAUGUGCUUGUUGAAGUGGGGAAAUUUAUAUUCCCUGCAGACUUCGUCAUUCUUGACUGUCAAGUGGAUGAAGAGAUACCAAUCAUUCUGGGCAUGCCGUUUUUAGCCAUUGGUAGAGCAUUGAUUGAUUGUGAGAUUGGAGAAUUGAAAAUAAGGUUGAACAAUGAAGAGAUAAUAUUCAAUGUUUAA